AUGGAGUUUUAUUUGGAGAUAGACCCUGUAACAUUGAACCUGAUUAUACUUAUUGCAAGUUAUGUGAUUCUGCUUUUGGUUUUUCUUAUUUCUUGCAUUUUGUAUGACUGCAGAGGUAAAGAUCCCAGUAAGGAAUAUGGUCCUGAAAUGGACAAACCUAUCCAGUCUCCAAUUCAGUUGGUGGUGAUGCAGAAUACAGUGGAUGCUCACCUCAGUAACAAUAAACCUACCAUCACAGAAAAUAAGAAACAACUACCAGGGUCGAGAAGCACUUUGGUGUAGAAGAAGACUAUAGAAGAGAAUGCGAUGCCCUCACCAAAUUUCCACCUUACUUUGAUCAAGAUCAACAGCUAUUUUAACAUUGCUCCCGGUAAGUCACUGAAGAAAUCUAAACUUUUUAGCUUAUAGCUGUAUGUGCUAUACGGUUUGUGCAAUUCUAU